UUUGCACUGGUGUAGACAUAUUGGUAGCCCCUUAUCCACUACCACAAAACAUUUGAUGAAAUUGCAGAGGGAGAGUUGAACAGCAAUGGCUUCAGCUGCUUCAUCUUCUUCGUUUUCCACAAGGCUUCUUCUGCAUUCACCCACAACUCUACUGGGCAGAAGAAGAAGAAGGUCCAAUGUUCUGAGGAUGGUGACUCGCUCAUGUCUCGAUGACAGCUCUGCUCUGCUCCGAGCAGCUCAAUACACUGUGGAUACAUAUGUGAAAAGUGGCAUGGUUGUAGGAUUGGGGUCUGGUCAUGCUUCUGGUAUGGCCAUUCAGCAUUUGGGUCGCCAGCUUCGUACGGGUAACUUGAAGGAUAUUGUUGGGACUCCCAUGUCUAUUUCAAGUGCAAGUGAGGCAGCCAAGGCUGGGAUUCCAUUGGAUACCUACCAAGACAGUUCUCAAAUUGAUUUGGCAUUUGAUGAUGCUGAUGUUAUAGAAGAAGGGACACUUGUUGGUAUCAUUGGGCGCCGGAAAUUGCAAGGUGAAGAAUCCAUAAUCCAGGAGAAGUCCAUACUAAAUGCUUCCAAUAAACUUGUGUUCAUUAUCGAAGAAAACCAGUACAAACGUGGUCUGGAAGGUUCUAUUCCAGUUUUAAUUCAGUCUAUCAACUGGAUGGCAACUGCUGAAGAGAUUGAUGAUAUGUUUCUCGGUGAUGCUGAGGUCUGGAGAAGACCGUCUAUUGGACAAGCUGGUCCACUUGGAGGUAAUUUCCCACUAGUCACCAGAGAAGGACAUAAUGUUCUUGAUGUUAUCUUUACAUCUCCAAUAGUAAGCCUUGCUGAAGUAGCAAAAAGCCUGAACAAAGUUGAUGGUGUUGUGGACCAUGGUGUCAUAUCUAAAAUACCAUGCACGGUGGUAAUUGCUUCUCAGAAGGAGCUGAACAUUUUGGACAAAUUGACAGCAGACAUAGUGGGCUAGCCUUCAGUUCUUAUAGCUGUCACAUGCAAAUGAAUGUAAAUGCAGUUGUUCUAUUUUUUUCUUCAUGUUUUCUUUUGGAAAAAGCUCCUCUAAAGUAAGUUUGAAUAUGUAGAAUGAGCAUGUAACCUUUAACAUGGACUGACUUGCACGCUUCUAAAGAUACAUAUAAAGCAUUGCAAAUUGCAA